UACCAUCGUUUUGACUGUAUUCAGAUACUCUAUAUAAACAUGACUGGUCACUCGUAAGUACUCACAUUUUCCAAGAAAAAAGGGAAGGCACCAUGGGUACUACAAACUACCCAAAAUUAUUACUCAUACUCCAAAUAUUAUUCUCUUUAUCUUACCUAACAACCAGCCAGCAACCAGCAACAACACCAAUAACAACCACAUCAGUGCUGGACACUGAUGGUCGUGCGCUACAGAUUGGCUUAAAAUACACAAUUUUACCUAAUCAAAAUGGAACUAGUACUACUGGAGGAGGAGGUGGACUAGUACUAGCAGCUAAAAAUAGGCCAUGUCCAUUUUAUGUCAUGCAAGAAAAUCUUGAAUCAUCAUCCAAUGGCCUUCCAACAAGAUUCAUCCCUGUUGACAAUAAACAACAAGUCAUAAAUUUAUCAACUGAUUUAAACAUUGUGUUUUUUGCUGCCACAAUUUGUGUGCAGUCCACAGCGUGGAAGGUCAGUGGCAUGGACGAGAUAACGGGCAGGAGGUAUGUCAUGAGUGGUGGCAUGACUGGCCGGCCAGGGCUUGAGACAAUAAGCAAUUGGUUUAGAAUAGAAAUGUAUGGGAAUAAUGGGAGUUAUAAGAUUGUGUUUUGUCCUGGAGUUUGCAGUAAUUGUAAGGUAGUGUGUGGGAAUGUUGGUGUUUUUAAUGAGAAUGGGAAGAGGUGGCUUGGAUUGAAUGAUGAACCACUUGUUGUAAGGUUCAAAAAAGUGUUGAAUUAGUAUCAAAGAAUCGUACUUUUUAUUUA